AUGGCAGCUCUCAUCGCCUCACGUCUGGCUAAGACUAUUCAUUCUGAGCUGCGUACCAAGCCUGAGGUCCACUUGUGGUCUGAUUCUGAGAUUGUCCUCCACUGGGUCAAGUCUGACUCUCUCUCCUUGAAGCAAUUUGUUGGGGUAAGAGUUGCUGAAAUUCAGGCAACCUGGGAUCCCUCAGUUUGGAAGUUUGUCCCAACAGCCCAGAAUUCUGCGGAUGAUCUCACCAGGGGAUUGACACCAGAAGAGAUGGCCGGUCGCUGGAUUGAGGGGCCAGAGUUUCUGAGGAAAGGAGAGACACAUUGGCCAGCUCAGCCGUCGUGGAAGAUUGCUGAAAGGGAUUGUGAGAAGAGACCGGAAAGACAACCCCCCAAGAUGUCUGCAGCUGUGAAGAUUGUUCCACCAAUCAAGUGUGAAGACUAUUCAAGUUGGCCUAGACUCAUCAAUGUGCCAGCAUUGUGCCUCCGCUUCAUUGGUAAUCUGAGGGCCAGGGCAAGAAAGAAGGAUAGGAAGACAGGAGAGCUUGAACCAGGAGAACGAGAAAGAGCUGAAAGGUACUGGGUUUCUACUGCUCAGAGAGGGCUCAUUGAUUGGGAAACUCGUUGCAAGGAUCUGGCUCCCUUUGAGGACAAUCAGGGUUUGCUCAGGGUAGGAGGUCGUCUUCGCAAGUCUCCACUGUCCUAUGAUGAAAAUCAUCCUUUUCUCCUCCCAGCAUCUUGCCACAUUUCCAGAUUGUUGAUGAGAAAUGUCCACUGGAAAAAUGGACAUUGCGGGUCUGAAAGUACUCUCUGCCAUGGCCGGAGAAAGUACUGGUUUCUGAGAGGUCGGAAUUUGGCACGUCAGAUUGUUAGAGAUUGUGUUGUGUUUAGGAAAUUGCGCAAGUCUCCACUGGUCCCUUGGAUGGCUGACCUACCCAGUGAGCGUCUUGCAUUGUUUGCUCCAGUCUACAGUACUACAAGCCUUGAUCUGUUUGGUCCAUUCCUCCUCAAAUGUGGUAGAAAUAAGAGCACGAAGGCUUGGGGAGCCAUCUUCACCUGUGGUACUGUAAGGGCAGUACAUCUUGAGAUUGUGGAAAAUUUUUCCACUCAGGCAUUUCUCCAUGCCUUCAGGAGAUUUGUCUCGCAUCAUGGAUGGCCGUCAACUAUCAUCUCAGACAAUGGUAGCUCCUUUAUCAGCACGAAGAAGGAGCUAAGAAAACUUGUACAGGAAGGGCGAGAGCAAAUUCAAAGGUUUGCCGUCCUCCACCAGGUCAAGUUGCGUUUUAUAACCCCUCUAAGUCCAAACCAGGGAGGAUUUUAUGAAUCACUUGUGAAAUUGGUCAAGAAAGGUCUCAAGUUAGUUGUUGGACAACAAACCCUCUCGUGGAAUGAAAUGUCCACAGUAUUCGCGGAGGUCCAGAAUCUGGUCAACUCCAGCCAUUGGGUUAUAGUUCAAAUGAUCCCAAUGAUUUACGGCCCUUAA